GAGAAGGUGCGGAGGUUGACAAGUCUUGUGAUGGACAACUGCGGCCAGUGAUCAUCUUGUUAUCCUGCACUUUGCAUUUGUCAAUUUACAGAGAAAGGAGAUGGCAUAUCUUUAACAUUUGAUGGACUUUUUGUGAGAGAAAGAGGCUUCAAUUUAACUUUUAUUGAACUAAUAGAUGCAUUGUGAAUUUUGAUGUUGCUCCUGCCUCGUCUUAUAGUCCUUGGAUACGCCAGUGAUAAAUUCCUCAAAGUUAUUGUAUAUUUUAAGGACUUAUAAGUGGAGAAAAUGUUUUUCUGGUCAUUAAAAUGGACAGUUUGUCACCUGGGGCUUCUGUUCGUCUGCGCUGCCUCUUUUGACGUUGGAUCGCUGGACUCCGGCGGUGAGUCGGGGUCAGGGGCGCUGCCCUCAGAGGAGGUGAACAUUCUGCACAAGCUGUCGCUGCAGGUGAGCAACAGCAGCAACGCGUCCAUGACUGUGGAGGGACGCAGGUGCGUGGUUCUGCAGGUGGGGCAGUACUCCACCCUGGCACUGCCACUACGCCAGCUCUUCACCGAUGGGUUUGCAGAUGAGUUCAGCCUGCUGCUUCAGUUCCGGAGCUCCCAGACAGACGAGUGCAGUGUGAUGACGCUGGUCAGCCCAGAGAGCCACAUCCUGCUGCAGAUCCGCUUCAGUCCCUACACCCUCACCUUCAUAGGCACCCAGCAGCGCCACUACGAGUUCCCGGUGGGUGGGCUGUCGGACGGGGCGUGGCACAGCGUGGGGCUGAGCGUGGCAGCCCGUGGCCUGGCUCUGUAUGUGGACUGCGCCCUGGUGGAGGAGGUGGGCUGGGGGUACGGGGGCAUGGACCUCACCCCCGACGGGCUGCUGCUGCUGGGGGGCAUCCUGGAGGGCUUCGAGACACCUUUCCAGGGCCACCUCAGACAGCUGCUGUUCCUGAUGGGCGACCCCGGGGCGGCCAGACACCACUGCACGCGCCACCAGCCCCACUGUGGGGGGACCUCCAAACCCCACCGCUCCCCCCGGACCGACCCCGCCCUGGAGGACCUCCUCCUCUCCUCUAACGACCUGGAGGACCUGCUGCAGAGGCAGCCCCCCCUGCUGGGCGCUGACAGGGCUGAUGUGUUUCCACGCAGCGGAGGUCACCGUGGAGACGGAACCGUUCCCUCUGGGCGCCGCGAGAAAGGUUUCGUGGGACGGGGGGACGUCUUCGUGGUGGACGAGGACACAGACUUGGCCGACCCCUUCUUCCAGGGGGGGCCCCUCACCCCCCCGUGGAAGCCCCCCUCCCCAGGUGCCGUGGGCGGGCAGGCAGGCAAGCCGGAGCCCUCGUCCAAACACUCUGAGGAGAACAUCACCACCGACAAGAAGGACUCUGACCCCGGGGAGAGGGGAGGGGCUGCACGGUUCCCCGGGAAACCGUCGGAUGACGUCAUCAUCGAUCUGGAUGCCCGGUCGGGCGCCAAGAAGCCUUCGCCCGGCUUUCGCUUGGAGAAGACCACUGUCGAUCCCGACUAUCCAGACUCCAACAGAUUGAUGGAGGAGGUGGAGGUGGGGGUGGGGGUGGAGCGUAAGCCAUCCCAGAGCCCCCCUCUCCCCAGCUCCGAGCCCCCCAUGAAGACCGAGGUGGGGACACCCUAUGGGCAUAGCCCCCUCCAGCCUGACUCCACCGUGAAGGGUGGGCUGGCUCCACCAGACAAGGAGCACCCAGGCACGGUGACCAUCGUAUCCAGGGAGGGAGAUCUGGUCCUGGGCUCAGAUGGAAGGAAGUACCUCCUCAGGAGAGGACCUCCAGGGAGGAUGGGGCCUCCAGGCCUAGAGGGUCACCCUGGUCCCAAUGGCUCUCCAGGGUUCAAAGGUGACAAGGGUCAGCUGGGGGUGGGGGGGCGUCCUGGGCGGAGGGGGGAGCCAGGCCCUCCAGGCCCUCCAGGAACACCCUCCUUCUACCUGUGGAGAAACACCCCUGAGGGCUGGGCCGCUUUCAGGCAAACAUCCUUCUUCCAGCUGCUCCAGGCUGGCUGGCCUAUGAGUCAGGGUCCACCAGGUCCAGCUGGAGAGGUGGGGAAGACCGGGCCUCAGGGGCCUCAGGGGGAUCCUGGGAAUGCAGGGACACCAGGACGAGCUGGAGACAUGGGUGACCGUGGUGACAGGGGUGGAGCUGGCAGGGCGGGAUCCCCCGGGAGAGAUGGACAGAACGGAGAGGACGGCCAGUCUGGCUCAACUGGCGUUCUUGGACCGCAGGGCCCGCUGGGAUACAGAGGAGAUCCUGGAUCGAAGGGAGAGAAGGGGGACGAGGGUAACACUGGAGCCAGGGGCCCACGAGGACACACAGGAGAGCCUGGCGAGAAAGGCUCCAAGGGUUUACAUGGACACCCUGGCCUGGUUGGCCCUCCAGGGCCUCAGGGCGUCAGAGGGAUGCUGGGCCCAGAGGGCCCUCAGGGGCCAGAGGGGGAGAGUGGGUUGGACGGUCAUCCUGGGCCACCGGGGGCACUGGGAGCUUCUGGUUUCACUGGUCCUGUUGGCGCUCAGGGAGUGAACGGCUCUCAGGGGGAGCUGGGAGCGGCUGGGGGUGUUGGCCCCAGAGGGCCCCAGGGGCCCCCUGGGUUGGAGGGAUGCACUGGGCCCCCAGGACCCAGAGGGACCCAGGGACUGACUGGGCCAAGCGGACUUCCUGGUCCUAAAGGUGAACUUGGGGCCUCGGGGCCGAUAGGUGUCCGGGGGGAGCCAGGGUUUGAGGGCCCAAUGGGUGUUCCGGGAACACGAGGACCAAUGGGGUUUCUCGGCAUCCCUGGCAACAGAGGUCCCCACGGAGACCAGGGUGACCCUGGACCAAAGGGAGACAGGGGGUUUGAUGGAGCGUCCGGUAUUCGGGGUCGUCAAGGAGAGAGUGGUCCUGUCGGCUUCCCUGGGUUCCCUGGGUUCAAAGGUCAACCCGGCAUCAAAGGGUUGGAGGGGGAGAUGGGACCAACCGGCCCUCACGGGAAACUGGGCAGAGAGGGGUUAAAGGGACACAGAGGACUGGAUGGACGGAGUGGAAAACUAGGGCCCAGAGGAACCAAGGGCCGCUCCGGACAGAGAGGUCCCGCUGGUCAACCUGGUCCUCCAGGUCUACCAGGGCCUGCUGGGACAGAGGGAGCAGAAGGAAAGCCUGGUACACAGGGCUUCUCUGGAGCGGUGGGCAGCGCAGGCAGUGAAGGACCAGUGGGGUUCCAGGGCAUCGCUGGAGCACCAGGUCCGGACGGACCCCCAGGACAGCCGGGUCUACCUGGGCGACUGGGGCCACAGGCCCACCCUGGCCCCCCUGGAGACAGGGGCUUUACAGGAAAGCCAGGCUUGGAGGGCUCCCAGGGUCCAGUAGGCAUGUAUGGUCUCCCAGGAAACGUGGGAAUGUGCGGAACAUCAGGUCACAUGGGGGAAAGGGGUGAGACUGGGCUACGAGGUCUCCCAGGCCCAGCAGGAAAGCCAGGGCCUCCAGGUUUGCCAGGUUCACCUGGAGAGAGAGGGCCCUCGGGACCUCAGGGUCGGCAGGGAGAUCUGGGAUCCAAAGGGAUCGACGGCCCUCCUGGCCCUCCAGGCCUUGCGGGACCAGAGGGGAGCUUGGGGAAGCCGGGGCCCAGGGGAGGUAGAGGCCCCCUGGGGGCACCAGGCGCAGACGGCCCCUCUGGAACUCUGGGUAUGCAAGGAGCUGAUGGAUUACAUGGACCAGCGGGGGAGAGAGGAGACCUGGGGACGCUGGGCUCUGCAGGGGACACGGGGCCCCCUGGGCUGGAUGGACAGCAGGGAGUGCCGGGACAGACGGGUGUGGAGGGCCCGCCUGGAGGAAAGGGAGAUCAGGGGGACCUGGGGUCUUGUGGGAAACUCGGCCCCCCGGGGGUGGCAGGAGAGAGGGGGCCCCAGGGCCCCCAGGGGCCUCUGGGGCCCGCCGGACCGAGAGGCAAGGAGGGUAACGUUGGUCACCCUGGAGACGCUGGAAACUCAGGACCCAAAGGGGAGAAGGGGGAGGUGGGACCGCUGGGGUUCACAGGCCUGGAGGGGCCCUGGGGGGCCGUCGGGGACAAAGGAGAGAGGGGGACCAAGGCAGAGAAGGGCCACAUGGGUCUGAUGGGUCAGCCAGGACUGAUGGGGAGGGAGGGGCCUGUAGGACUGACAGGACUACAGGGCGUCCUGGGGCCCAGGGGCUCGCCGGGGCCAGAGGGCCCCCAGGGAGAGAAGGGGAAGGCUGGGGAGAGUGGACCGGUUGGUCCCCUGGGGCAGUCUGGCCUUCUGGGUGUGGCUGGACCCGCAGGGGUCAGAGGUGACUCAGGGAAGCCAGGACCUACAGGGGCCGUGGGGAAGGCUGGCCCUGAGGGCUACCUGGGCCUCCAGGGGGAGCCGGGGGCCGAGGGCCUCAAAGGAGAACCAGGGGAACCAGGGGAACCAGGAGAACAGGGGCCAGAUGGUCUACCAGGCAUCAGAGGUCCUGCAGAACUACCUGGUCUGGAGGGGCCUCCAGGUGAGGUGGGACCCCAGGGACCAGCUGGCCCCCCCGGGGCCCAGGGUCGGAGGGGAAGCUCAGGCCCUGAGGGAAAGCAGAGCUUUAAAGGAGAGAAGGGCGAUGCCGGCAGAGACGGAUCACCAGGGAGGGCAGGUCACACCGGGAGGAAGGGGAAGCGAGGGAAGGCCGGUCUGCGAGGGUCCAGAGGGGAGAGAGGCCCGAAGGGGGAGAAAGGAGACGUGGGAUGGAUGGGUCCUCCAGGAUGGGCGGGGUCGAUCGGCCUGCUUGGCUUGGGAGGAGAGGCGGGGGACUCUGGAGAGACAGGCCAAGAGGGAGACAAAGGUGACAUGGGACCUGCCGGACCCCCUGGUGUGGACGGGCCCAAGGGUAGUCUUGGACAGCUGGGAGUUAAAGGGCUUGAUGGCCCAAAGGGAAUGCAGGGGAACAUUGGUCCGCUUGGACCUCGAGGCGUAUUCGGAAUGCCUGGACUUCCUGGUUUGUUUGGCAAAAAGGGUUUGAAAGGCUAUCCAGGGUUUCCUGGGCAACCGGGGAGAAGAGGACUCCCGGGCCCGCCUGGUCUCCCUGGUCUUGCAGGCCCCUCUCUGAACGUGACUCUAACCGAACUCAAGGAGUUGAUGUACGUGUCUGACAAGCCGAACUACCCCCUGCUGCAGAGCUUGCUGGACUCCCUGCAGCAGGACCUCAGGCUGCUGCUGGACCCUCCAGAUGGCAGCCAGGACCACCCUGCCACCACCUGCCUGGAGCUCUGGCUCUGCCACCCCCACUACGCCAGCGGGACGUACUACAUCGACCCCAACCAGGGCAGCCCCGCGGACGCUCUCCUGGCCUUCUGCAACUUCUCUGGUCCAGACACCCAGACCUGCCUUCACCCCACGUUCCCACAGGUUCCUACUAAAGCCUGGCUGAAGGACUCUGUGAACGAAGGCUCCUUCCAGUGGCUCAGCAGACUGGAGGACGGCUUCCAGUUCUACUAUCCGGGCGCCAGCGUGGUCCAGACUCGUUUCCUGAGGUUGCAGAGCGUGAGGGCGGUCCAGAAGAUCACCUACUCCUGCCACCCCGGGGACAGACUGGGACACACGGAACGAGAGGUCAAGUUCCUCGCGGACACGCGCCGGCAGAGCUACCUGGGAGCGCUUAAAAACUGCGUGCCUGCAGAAGAGAUGGCGUCUGGCUCGAGGGAGUCUGUGUUUGAGUUUGAGGACCUGAACCUGCUUCCUGUGAGGGAUGUGGCGGUGCUGGAGAGCGGGAACUUCACACACCAGUUUGGCUUCACCAUCGGGCCCGUCUGCUUCAGCUAGAGAGCGGGCGUAGGGGCCAACAGGCCUCUGUCCCAUCCUUAAGGACUCAUUCUUAGAGCCAGGAUCAAAGCUUGUAUUCACACCCCGAGACGCGCUGAGCAGAGGGAAUCCAGCCUCGUCACCAGUCAGUUGCCAGGUUUGGGGGAGACAUCUGUCGGUGGAUGGACUGUUAUGAUACUUUGGGAGGGCAUCCAUCUUAACAAGCCCAUGAUCUUUCGGACUAGUCGGUUCUUUGUUUACGGGGAAGUUUUCCUUGUUGACGAAUAAUUUAUAUUUGUUUUUAAUCUCUAUAUAAACGGUUCUCAUUCCGUUUUUACAGUGCGUCCUUUCGUUAUGCUGUAAAGGGGUUCACUAACUGCCACUUUGGUGUGUAAAACGGAACAGAUGGAAACUAAACAGACUGAUCUAGAGUUGUGUGGUCGAUUCAGCCCCUCAACGUGUUCAGAAGCACAGCUAAUGUUGUCCUGCCUGUUCUCGGUGCUCAUUAUCAAACCACAAGUUCCCUACUUGAAGGGUUAGGUGAGGUCACCUACUUUCAUGGAUGGAGCUACUCAUUCUGACACCCGGUCGUCUAAAGAAUUCCUCAUUUGACAAUGAAGACACAGGACCUCAAUCCAUACUUGAAACUCAUCAACGGCACUUUGGCGGAAAACAUUUUUUUUAUUAUUAUUAUAUUCCAUUGCUUUAAACAAUUCAAUAACUAGACUUUAUAAUUUGCUCAUGCGUUAUAACGCAGUAUAUACAGUAGAUUUAAAUUUUCCUCAUUCUUGUAUACAAUACUUGUGUUCUACAUGUCUCAGGUACGGUUUAAAUAUUGAAUCGAUGCGCGCACUGAAGCUGCAGUGUGACAUAGGUUGAAUUUUGUGUGUUGAGACUCGUUAGCAUGCUUGAGAUGCGUCGCAACUUGGAGGUGAUCUGUCAAUCCAUCUCCUUUUCCUAGCCCAGCAGUUAAGCGCGGAGCAAUUUCUGUCCAGUGAAGUGUUCACUCUUUUCAAUCCACUAAGUGCUGAAGCACAAACGACCACCAUGGUCUACAUGUGCUCAGCAAAACCACAAUUCAAUUUCUGUUUCUCAAAGCAAUUCGAGACCGGUGAUGCGUGGUGUUCACUGUCUGCAGCCGACAACCCAACCGACUGGGAUGUGAGAUCUCAGGGAACCUAACAUUUACGAGGAAACGUUAUUUUGUUUGUUUGUGUCCAGUAAAAACCUCGACGUAGGCUAUAGGCUACUCCACUUGUUCACUGCAACCUGUCACGUUUCACAACGUUCCAGUAGUAAAGACCCAUUCCUCAAGACCCUCGUGGAAACUAUGCAUUAUGACUGUGUUUUUAGUCUAAUAAACAUCUGUUUAUUUCACCCGCACAGACUGAGAAAAUGUGUUUAAUGUAUUCUUUAAAUACCUUAAAUCCUUUCAUUUUCUACUGCUAUUAUGCUGACAUUUAUACAAACAUUUAACGUGAUUGCCUUAGCUGGCUGAGACUGAUCAUCGGUGCUUUAUUGUUGUCGAACUGUUUUGUACAAAUCUCCUUAACUGUUACAUUUUUAUAUUAACUCGAAAUUAUAUGCUGGACAUUUGUCUUCUACAUUUGUAUCUAUGCGACCCACCUGCUCAGUCGAAAAAAUGUAUUGGUCGAAUAACAAUAAAAGAUAUCAAACACA